AAGGAUGAGGCAAAAAAGCACCGUUACCGGGAGAAAAUAUCCGAGUACAUGACCAGAGCUGAAGACAUUAAAAAACACAUUGAAAAAGAGAAACAAGAUGGCAAAUACCAUAAGCAAAUCAGGAUAGAGGAAAAUGCAACAGGUUUUAGCUAUGAAAAGCUUUUCCAAGAGUACCUCACUGAGAUUGUUUCUGAAGUUUGGGUGGAGGACCCAUAUAUUAGGCAGGUUUAUCAGUUGUAUAACUUCCUACGAUUCUGCGAGAUGUUAGUUAAGGGGCCGUGCAAAGUGAAAACAAUCCACCUCCUCACUUCCUAUGAUGAAGGCAGUGGGAGGAGUCAGCAGAUGAGUGGGUUGGAGGAAAUACAACAAUCAUUGAGGAAUUAUGGAGUAACGCUGGAUGUUGCAUUUUCGUCUUCAAUACACGAUCGAGAAAUUAGAUUCAACAAUGGAUGGAUGAUUAAGAUUGGAAGGGGUCUUGAUUAUUUUAAGAAACCACAGGGUCGUUUCAGCAUUGGAUACUGUGACUUUGACUUGCGACCUUGUCAUGAAACAACAGUGGACGUCUUUCAUACUAAGCAUACAAAGAAAAUGUGA